AUGGAUAGUCAGAAAGUAUGCAAAUUAAAGUUCAGAAAACGGAAGGCGACUCCAAACGUAACGUUUUGUAUGAAAACUGAGAGAAAUGCGUCGAAUAAAAAAAUAUUAGAAAUAAUUCAAAAGCCAUUAUCUGAGAGAACAAUUGAUGACAAAGAAAUUCUUAAUACAUGUAAGGAUACAGUACAGAAGAUAUCUCAAAGGUUAGAUAGACAAAAGAAAUUAAAAGAACGAUGUCAAGAGUUUGAAGAUCCAGUUGAAGUACUAGAUCCAAAAUGUGAAGAACUUGCAAAGGCUAUUUCAUCUGCAUCAAAUUUAGUAGUCUAUACUGGUGCCGGAAUAAGCACGGCAGCUAAAAUACCUGAUUAUAGAGGCUCAAAUGGAAUAUGGACAUUAUUAGAUCAAGGAAAAGAUAUUGGAUGUCACGACUUGAGCCAAGCAGAACCCACGUUAACACAUAUGGCAAUAUAUCGACUAUACCGUGAAGGGUUACUGGGACAUGUCGUUUCUCAAAAUUGUGAUGGGUUGCAUUUAAGAAGUGGUCUACCAAGACCGGCAUUGUCAGAAGUGCAUGGUGAUAUGUUUAUUGAGGUAUGCAACAAUUGUAAACCAAACAGACACUAUUUGAGAAUGUUUGAUGUGACAGAACAUACAGCAAGAUUUAAUCACAAAACACUAAGGUUAUGUUAUGCUUGUCAUAAACCGUUGAAAGAUACAAUUGUUCAUUUUGGAGAACGUGGUAAACUUCAAUGGCCAAUUAAUUGGUCAACGGCUUGUAAACACGCUGAAAAAACUGAUGUAAUUUUGUGUUUAGGAUCCAGCUUAAAGGUUCUGAAAAAGUAUCCAUGGCUUUGGUCAAUGGAUAGACCGGCUAAAAAAAGACCAAAGUUAUACAUUGUAAAUCUUCAAUGGACUCCCAAGGAUGACCAUGCUACACUAAAAAUAAACGGUAAAUGUGAUGAAAUUAUGAAAAAAGUAAUGUCAAUCUUAAAUUUGGAUAUUCCUAAGUAUCAACGUUGUCUUGACCCUAUAUUUCACCAUGCCACAAUGUUAGUAGCAGCUGAAGAACAUACGACAGUACAUCCUGUUUUAGCUGUUCCGACUGAUGAUGUUCAAAAAACCGAUUCAAAUACUAUAACAAAAUGUGAAAAAAUAGAAUUAGAUAUUAGUAACGGUAAAAAUAUUACCAAAAUGUGUUCAGGAUCAAAAGACCUAAUUCAACCAGUUGAUCUCAGUUUAGUAAAAUUAGAAAAUAAUAUAUCCAUAGUUGAUCAAAGUGAAUCAAUUAAUUCUCCGUCGUGUUCAAAUAUGGAUUUUGUUCCAAGCUUAAGUAAUUUUUGGAGACCUUUUAUUGAAGGUGUUGAUCAAAAUUCAUUGGAAGGACGAAAUAUGCUUUCAUUGGUUGAACCAAUAGUACCAUAUCUAAAUCCAUUUUUUAUCAAUAAUAUGGAAACUUUAGGAUUGUCUCCAACACCUGUUGAUCAGUUUUACAAAAACUUUGUAUAUCAAGCAUGUAUAGGAUUAGCGGCAGUUGAAAAAUUGCAAAUAGAAAAAAAGCUGACAAACAAUUUAAAAAAAAAGAAAAAAGAUGUUAGUGAAGAUAAAGAUGAUAUUAAAAAAACAGAUGUUUCAAUAAAUCGAUAUUGUACAUUUUGUCAUCCAGUUUAUGGUUCAACUAAAUGCCUGUUUUAUCAUCGAUAUGAAUCAAAGUUCAAAGAAGACGUAGCCAUUUGUCUGUGUUGUGAUGAUGAUGAUACAGAUGAAGAAGACGAAAACGAACUAAAAACUGAAGAAAUGGUGGAUAAGAAUGAUGAAGUUAUAGAAAAGGCCAAAGUUACUGCUGGCUGGUUUGGGAAAGGUUACAAGAAAAGAAUUAAAAAAAAGAAAUAG